AUGCGUCACUUCCGCAUUCUCCAAUUACAACCGAAGUCUAUGGCAGUGUUGCAACUCUCUAUUUCAAUGGAGCUGGGUAAAAUUAGGUCUCUAACAGUUGGUGAAUUCGAUAUUUGAAUGAUUCUGCCCAUGUUUCUAGAAGCUCCGCCCCCAGGACCUGGAGUAGAGUGUUUAUAAAAUGACUGACAGGAGGUGCAUCCAAACACAAACAAGUAUUUCAGACUGGAAGUCAGUUUUCCAAACAGGUUUCUCAGCAAAUUAAUACGUUUGUGCAAAGGCCAUGGCUUAAUCUGUUGUUGUUGUUUUUUUUUUAAAUCAUGUUCUAGAUAUCUUCCAGGUUAUUUGUACAAAAAAGGAAUAAAAAAUUUGACUGUUGCACCUUUAAGUAAGCAUUAUCUGCUGUUUCUGAUGUAAAUGAUGACUGUAACAGGUCAUAAUGUGUCUCUCUAAAACUCCUCCUAUUAAGGAAGUGCUGAGUCUGAGACGCCUGCAGUCCUUCAUAAACAGCCUGCAGUGUUCUGCUCUGGGGAGUUUAGUUUUAUUCUCGGUUUAUGGAGAAAUCUGAGUCUCAUUUUCAGCACCGUGAAAGGAAGUGAUUACUAACAAAGUCAUCUGUUUAACUUUAAAGAAACCUGAAAUCAGGGUGUGAUUACUUUUUAUCAAAGUGAAAGUGAAACUCUGAGUGUUCAGACUGGAGAGAAAAACAACAGCAGCAAAAUAAAAUGACUUCUAGGUUUUCAGAGGAGGAUUUGUCCUGUCCUGUGUGCUGUGAAAUCUUCAAGGAUCCUGUUGUUCUGCUCUGCAGUCACAGUGUGUGUAAAGUGUGUUUGCAGCAGUUCUGGGAGACCAAAGGAUCCAGAGAAUGUCCUGUUUGUAGGAGAAAGUCGUCUCUAGAUCUCCCUCCCACAAACCUGGCCUUAAAGAACCUGUGUGAGACUUUCUUACAGGAGAGAAGUCAGAGCUCUUCAUCAGCGUCUGAAACAGUCUGCAGUCUGCACAGUGAGAAACUCAAACUCUUCUGUCUGGAUGAUCAACAGCCGGUGUGUUUGGUGUGUCGGGAUUCAAGAAAACACACCAACCACAAAUUCUGCCCCAUUGACGAGGCAGCAACAGACUGUAAGGAGGAGCUGAAAACUGCACUGAAGCCCCUACAGGAGAAACUGAAGAUCUUUAAAGACUGUAAACUGAACUGGAGUCAGACUGCAGAACAUAUAAAGAUUCAGGCCCAACACUCAGAGCGGCAGAUUAAAGAGGUUUUUGAGAAGCUUCACCAGUUUCUACGAGAUGAAGAGGCAGCCAGGAUCGCUGCACUGAGAGAGGAAGAGGAGCAGAAGAGUCAGAUGAUGAAGGAGAAGAUUGAGAAGCUGAGCAGAGACAUAUCAUCUCUUUCAGACACAAUCAGAGCCAUAGAAGAGGAGAUGAGAGCUGAAGACGUCUCGUUCUUACAAAACUACAAGGACACAGUGAAAAGAGCUCAGUGCACACUGCAGCAUCCAGAGGAGCUUUCAGGAGCACUGAUCCAUGUGGCAAAACAUCUGUCCAACCUGAAGUUCAGAGUCUGGGAGAAGAUGCAGGAUGCUGUGCAAUACACACCUGUAACUCUGGACCCCAACACUGUUCAUCCUGAACUCAUUGUAUCUGAUGAUUUGACCAGUGUGAGACGCAGUGAUGAGGAACAGAAACUUCCUGAUAAUCCAGAGAGAUUUGAUAAAUAUUGCUGCAUCCUGGGCUCUGAGGGCUUUAACUCAGGGACACACUGCUGGGAUGUUGAAGUUGGAGACUGUACACACUGGAUUGUGGGUGUGAUGACAGAGUCUGCUAAGAGGAAGGGAGAGAUAUUCUCCAGAAGUGGAAUCUGGUAUGUGGGGAAUUAUUGUGGUAAAUAUAGAGCACGUUCUACACCACAGACUUUCACUCUCCUCUCAGUAGCACAGAAACUCCAGAGGAUCAGAGUGCAGCUGGACUGGGACAGAGGAAAGCUGUCAUUCUCCGACCCUCUCACUAACACACACAUACACACUUUCACACACACAUUUACUGACAAAUUACUGCCAUUCCUAUAUGUUUAUGGUGAAGAAUCUCCUCUAAAGAUCCUCCCACUUCAGUGCUCUGUAAGAGUGAAUCAGAUCAGUUAGAGCUGAUAUUGUUUUAUUCCAGUUCAUGAAUGAAAUAUUGCAGAUUAAAACAUUUAUAUUCUUUGUGAAAGUUUGUGUUUACAGAAUCACUGCACAGUUUAUUGUGAAAUGUUUUUUGAAGAGAUAUGACAUUAUUUCGACUCGUCAGUUAAAUUAAUAUAAUGUCAAAACUGGAAAUAUUGAUAGAAUAUCUUAUUCUGAGUACUAAAAAAUAUAAUAUCUCAAAAUACUGAUACAUCUUGAAAUUCCUGUUUAUUAAAUGACGAACUCCAUCUUUUUCCCACAACUUUCAGUUCAGGGCUUCCACAAACAAAUAAACCACAGGAUGAAAUUAAAAUUAUAAACGUGUGUUUAAAUGUAGAAUUUGAAAUCUGAAAUAGAUUUAAUUUUAAAGAUGUAUUUUAAAUCAUUUUUAAUAAACUGAGACUUUGAAAGCUCGUGUCUUUACUGUAUUUGUGCUUGUUAGUGCUGUGCUGUUAAUCCUGGGUGAAAUGUUUAGCUGGCUGUGUGUGUUGUGUGUGAAACUGUGCAGUGGAGGAGAAUUCAAGCUCUAAGUUUCCCUCCACCAGCAGUUUGUGGUUUUGCAAAGAUCAGAUGGAUUUAUUCUUUGCAAAUUUCCAAAACAUAAGAUGGCAGUAAUAGGCUCAUUAAUAUUCAUGAGCGUAUCUCCCUUAGCUACCGAGCUUGUUCAUCCAUUAACUGGUGUGAUCACUGAGAGAAACUGGGUGAUGUGGAGAUACUGGAGCAUCUUGAUGUUCGGUCGAAAUAGAUGCUAAGAGUGACAGUUAAACACGUGAGAAUUAUUGUUAUAGUCUGACUGUGUAUUAGCCAUUUUUAUAUUUAGGCUAAUUGUAGAGAUUUAUGUUUAUUUUGUUCUCGUUCUUAAACAAUAUUCACCAAGAUUGUGUGUUAUUGUCUCCUUCUGAGUCAGGUUUAAGCUAGUUUUAAGCUCUUAUUCCCACUAUUAUAUCUAUCAGUAGCCUCAUUAUGGUCUCAUAUAUAACAGGACUAGUCACACUGGGAGAAUAUUAAAGGACUUAAACAUGGAAAUAAAACACAACAAAUAUUUUGGCAUGCUGGUCAUUUUUGCAGGAGAAUCCACUGGAGAAAUAAACAACUUUUGUUAACACUUUCUAUGAAGCCCAUGCUCAUAAUGAAUUAUAGCUCAUGUAUAAUCAUUUAUAAGCAAGUAUUACUGUUCUAUAAUACAUUUAUAAAGACACAUCAAGCCCUAUACUUCAUUAUAAUAAGUUAUAGUUACAUUUAUAUUAUUGUUAUAAUUACUUAUAAGUGAUACAAUUGCUUUUUCAAUGCCCAUACUCAUAAUGCAUUAUACACUGAUUUAGACGUAUUAAUUAGUCAGUCUUAUGGUUCCAUGAAUGUAUUUAUAAAGAUACAGGCUGCAUUAUUAUAAUGUUAUUCUAUUAUAGUUAUGUUGCAGGUCCCACCUCCGGAGACCCGUGGACAGAUUACUGUAAAUACAGGAAACAAAGAAGAGAAACGGGAAUCGCGUCUGCUCUCUGCCAGCUCCUCUGUUUGUGUUAGGAGUUGCUAUGGAGACGACCAAAACAGCAGAACAAAACCAAAUAAAUCCAGGUGUGUGUAUAUGCCUGCAAAGCCCUGGUCAUCAUUCACAUCAGCCUCUGUGUUUGAAGGGGCUUCACUGGACUGAUUUCUGUCUGCACUCACAUCAGUGGAGAAAUAAUCCCUGAUUCAUUCACAGAAUUAAGCUCUAGUGACUCUCGGGACCGAGUCACAUACAGAUGUGGCCAUUGAGAAUGUGCGU